AACCUGAGACAGGGUCUGGAGUCUCAUGCACUGAUGGCUGAGAUGGAAAAUGUGUCGUAUGUACCUUUGAAGCAGCCCAUCGUAUUCAACUUGGAAGGUUUUGUCAUAAACAGGCAGCAGGGGUACCCCCUGUUUGUGGUCUCCCUCAUCGUGUAUGCUGUGAUGCUGCUGGGAAACAUCACCGUGGUUACGGUGAUCGCCGUGGAUGCCAAACUCCACAAGCCCAUGUACGUGAUGAUGUGCAACCUGGCAGUGUGCGAUCUGCUCGGGGGCACGACAGUCAUGGCCCAGCUGAUGCCACAGUUCCUGACAGGAGACAAGACCAUCGGCUACGUGGCGGCAAUAGUCCAGGCCUUCUGUGUGCACACGUAUGGCUCAGCCGUUGCCACUAUUCUAUCGGCCAUGGCAUACGACCGCUACAUUGCCAUCUGCCAGCCGCUGCACUACCACGCCAUCAUGACAACUAGGAGGCUGGUUUCACUGUGUUUCUUGGCUUGGUUCAUCGCGGUCUGCCUGGUCGCGAUCCUCUUCAUUCUGAACGUGGGAACACCACUGUGUGGGACGUUAAUCAUGCAUGUCUAUUGCAGUAAUCGCGCUAUUCUCAGUCUGGCCUGCAUCCCCACCCCCAUCAACAACAUCUAUGGAUUGUGCAUGACUUGGUUCUUAAGUACAGGCUCCUUCUUAGUCAUGGCCUUUUCCUACGUGCAGAUCCUCAAAGCGUGCAUCAUCAAACAGGAGAAAAACAGUCGGAGCAAGGCCAUACAGACGUGUGCCUCCCAUCUCACCAUUUAUAUCCUCUUUGAGAUCGCUAGUGUCAUCAUUAUCGUGGCCUACAGGUUUGAAGAGGUCAGCCCCAACGCCAAGAAGUUCUGCGCCAUUCUGUUUAUUAUUGUGCCCCCCACGGUCAACCCAAUCAUUUAUGGUGUGGCCAUGAAAGAUAUUCGCUCAAACAUCGCAAAGCUUUUCAAAUUCACUGCCUUGCCAAAAUAGGUAAGUUACAGAAAUAGCAUUUUUUAAAUGUAUAUUUUAGGUUGAGGAAAGUUGGUAAAAUGUUGUGUUCUCAUCACAACUGUGCCUCAAAAACAUUUCCGGCAGAAAAAAAAGCUGUUUUU